AGACCGGACAAGUCGUAUGGAAAAUGUCAAAUUGUCAUUCUUAUUUUGUGUAGCCAUACAAUCCUACUUUAAAAGCAAUAUUAAUUUCCUCAUUAGCAUAAUGAAAUGGAUAAUUUCGGAUUACUUAAACUGAGAUAAACAAUAUAGACUAUAAUCGGAUUCUUACAAAAAGCAGGGCACAAAUUCUACAAAAAUGGAAAUAGCACCUCAGCCGUUGUUUCAAGAAACAUUGCGGAACAGUGUUGAAGAUCUCCCUGAUGAAGUAUUGGAGUUCAUAUUGGGAUUUUUACCUCCUUACAUGGACCUUCAAAAUUGCAUGACCGUGUGCAGGCGAUGGUAUAAUUGCGCCCAAAAUGUCUUGCGUAAAACUUCAAUGAAGUUAAACAAAGCUGUAGCAGAGUUCAAUAUAUUAUGGAAAAAUAUUGGGCCUACUGAUAUGGUGCCUACUAUAACCAAAAGAUUUUCUCAUGCUGCUUGUGUAUUAGAAAACAAUAUGUAUAUAUUUGGUGGUUGCACUACAAAUGCUACUGCAUUUAAUGAUCUCUGGCGAUUUGAUUUAUCUCGGCGUCAGUGGAUACGGCCUCUGGCAACAGGAACAUAUCCAGUACCUAAAGCAUACACUACUAUGGUUCACUAUAAAGACUAUUUAAUAGUAUUUGGUGGAUGGACAUAUCCAUCACCAUCUCAAUACUACCAAAGUGUGUAUAUGUUUAAUGAAAUUCACUUUUACUGCAUUAAUACAAAUAGAUGGAUACUUAUUAAUACAGACAAUAAACCUCCACCAAUGGCAGGUCACUCUGCUUGUAUGAAAGGGGAUGAAAUGGUUGUGUUUGGUGGCCUCGUUGUGGCUUCUGCUCAGAAUCAUGAAAUACAGUGUUCUAAUGAUGUCUGGGUUUUAGAUAUGCCUUCAUUAACUUGGCGAAAACAGCCAACAACAAAACCAAGGCCAUCACCUCGAUAUGCUCAAUCACUUAUCCGUCUAGAUUCAGACAGAUUAUUAAUAAUAGGUGGUGUACAAACAUUACAAAAUCGAUUUGUAUAUAGUGACUGUUGGAUGUUGACAAUGAAAGGACCAACAUGGACUUGGAAGGAACUUGCAGUGAAAAAUAAAGAGUGGGCUUCUUCAAAUAUAUGGUGUAAUCCUGCAUGCCGUGUUGGAGACAAAGUUGUCAGCUUAAGCCGCAGCAGAAAUGGCUGGAAUUGCGCUAAACCUCUAGUCACAUCUGCUGUUAGAUUAUCAGCUCUAAGCCGACCUGAAGGGGCUCCUGUGGCAGUGAGAGUGGAACAGAGUUUACAAAGACCAUUAGAUAGAGACCAAAAUAUAAAUGGCAGGCGAGGUGUGCUGCCAAGACAAGCUUCUGUACGGCAAGCACAAGAUAAUGCCCCAAAUGAGCCUGUUCCAGGUCCUAGUAAUGAACAGGCAAGAUGUCCAAAUCCAAUACCCACAAAUGAAAAUAUUAGUCCUAGUAAAAACCCUGCAGGCACUAACUCAGAAAAUAAACAAGUGGAUGGAAUAGAUUUAGGUAAAAAUUCACCUAAGGAUCCAGCUAUGGGAAGAAACAAAAAUAAGAAUAGAGGAAUCAAAAUAGUUCGACAGCUUCAGGAAGCUAAUAAAUACAGAAUGGCUGCAUUUGCAUGUGACUCCUCGUCAAAUAUUACACCGCCUGAAAAUGAUCUCAUUAAUCAAAGACAAAUUGCUCAUCUAGAGAAUAGAAGGGACCCAGAACCUCCUCAAGCAAAUCCUCAACAAAACAAUGAAAGACAACCAGCAGCCAAGAAAAUUAAAAGGAACACUCUCACUAUGCAUGUUAUGGAUAUUUCUAGUGUUAUAGAUGAAAAUUCAUACAAUUAUGUUACAUGGCUAUGUCCACGGCUUGGCGAAAUGAGUGGGGCCCCGGAGGAAAUAGUAAUGUAUUCACUAGUAAAAGGAAAUGGAGAACUGAUAAUGUUUGGUGGAGUGCGAAAUGACAUUACUCUCUUCAAUUACAGACAGGAUCAACAAAACAUGUAUUCAAAUUCUAUAUUUUUUAUCACACCUCCAAGGGAUGUUAUAUAAAUGUUUUAAUCUUAGAAAUGUUCAUUUAUUUUGUUAUUUUUUGUGUACAUAUUUUUGCCUUGUUGUG